CUCCUUAAAAACAGUUUUUACACAUUCAUUCACUUUCUGGUGGGUUGGUUUGCUAUAAUGGGUGGCUUGACGGUUGGUCAAGUGUCGGGUAUCAUCAAUCUUUGUGUCAUAAUAGGUAUGUGACAAUUGGGGGGCCUUUGGAGUUCAUGGGGUUGACCGAAUGAUUAAUUCAGUGCAACUCACACUCCCUCUCGCAUUCGUCCUAAUUCUCGUUGCAUUUUUGGAGAAUGAAAAUAAUGCCGUAACAUGGUAGGCGAUGUUUUCAAUCAUUUUGGUAUGAUACACUCGACAUUUGAAGUCUUUGUUCACCAUUCUACCCCAGGUCCGUCGUUGGGAGGACCCUCCAUGCCUCAAUGUGGCCUUCAAUCCUCUCCGCUGAUUCAGCGGCCAGCCGGGGAGUGCGCAAGCGCGUCAUAUUCAUCUCAACUCUCUCCACAAUAGCCUUGAUAAUCCUCGCUGUGGCCGGAGUCGUCACGCCCCUCGGUCUGAACGAGGAGGUAACCCCCAGCUUCACCGAGCCAGUUGCCUUCGAGUACCUCAAGGACACCUCGACCUUUGGCCAAGGCACUCCGAGCCGCUCUGGGUAUCUAUUCUCCCGCGUGUGCGGAUGGUCAAUGUGGCAGAAUUGCCCCGGGACAUUUGGCGGAUUUACCUACACCGCCAAUCGCACGGGAAUGUACCUCGAUGGACCCGACGGCUCAUAUCUAGACACAAACACACCCCAGAAUAUCACCGACAUAUUCAAGAGCGGCACCAGUGGGCGUGGAAAUCUGAUAAGCGGGCCAUUUGAUGUCCAGCACAGGCUCUUCACCAACGUCAAGGAUUCGGACAUUGGAAAUAACGUUAGCAAGCGAGUUCCCAUGAACCAGGGCAAUGCCCACACCAGGGGGAUUGCCGCGACCCUCCGGAGCGUAAUCCUCGACGACAACUUCGUGCUCGUGGAAGGGUUGGUCGUGGAUGCGAAGAACGGAGGAGUAGGCUUCAGGAACCAUUCCGCCCCUACGAAUCUGGAAUACGGCGGAACGUGGGACGAGAGCCUUCUCUGGGUAGAGCCCGUGUCGCAAUGUGUUGACAACAACUUUACUAUCGAUUUCACUGUUACUCAGGACCGCCGCGUAGAUAGCCCGCGGUUGACGGAUCAUGGCGGGUGGGUCAACCUUGUUCGCGAUCGGCCGGAUUUUGUUCGCGCAGACUCCCAACUAGACGCCCAGCUGUGGCAGCGCGCAUACAAAGGAGCCUGGAUGGCGAACGUGAUAGCGGCCUCCUUCCACAACGUCACGAGAAAUAUGACGAGCUUGGGGAAGAGCUAUUCCCUGGAAGGGGGCUCCACCCUCGGUGCUAGCAGUUAUCGGGCUGCAACGAUCGGAGUUGGAGAUAUGAAUGGGGACUGGAUGGAGGGAAGUCGCAAAGGAAUUGAUACAUCAAAGAACUUUACCAACGCAAGUAAUCACCCCUCUCCCCCCUUUCACCAACACGUUUAUAACCCGAACGGCAGACACCCAAUGCGUAGGUUCCGGGGGCGCCGACAUGUCAAACAUCACCAACGUCGCUAUAAAGUGUAGCACAAUUCUCGGCGCUGCGAAGCGCGUUGACGGUGGCGACUCGUCUAGAACACACGACAUCGGGUCCCGCUGGUCCAUACCAAUCUACACUUGCGCAACUGCCGUCAAAGCUUCCGUAAAGGUGGUGACCCUCACCACUAACGGCACGCACGCCCUCGAGAACCUGCGCGUGGAUAAAGUGGUGCCAAAGAGCUACUCCUCGACAUCAGUAAUGCCCGUAUGGGCCGUCGAAGACACGGGCAUGACAAUCAACGACGUGGAACCCUUCUGGGGUAUCGUGGACCCGAAAUACAAAGACGCCCCGCACCUCUGGACCAUUCAGCGUGAGCAUCUAUGGUUGCCAUCCGUUGGUAAUGUCCUCACCGCAUUACCCGACUCUCCGAGCUCCUUCGGCCUCCUGAGCGUUCCCGGUGCCGCGCUAACGGGGAUCAACACUAAGGAGGACUACUCUGGCGAACGCAACUUUGCCCUCCUGAGCAAGUGGCGGAAACUCAGCGCGACACAGAGUUCUACCGCGUCGAUCCUGAACCUGAUCUGGACCGACAUCGUCGCGAAUAAUCUAGUUGGUACCAAGAGUGUUCCCUCGGCAUACGGCUUCACCGACGGAGACGAGAAGUCCCCGAUUGGUAUGCUCACAGUGGAGACGUAUAGUAAAAAAAUCACCUACAACCUCCUAUUCGCCAUACCAGCUCUCAUGAUGCUGGCGUUGUGGGUUGCAUCGCUGUUCAUCGCCUUGCUAAUGUGGAUCGCAUCGAGGGUUUCGCUGACGGUUGUCCGGGGGCUGAUCAACCAGACCAGCACCGGGAGGUCCGUCACCAACCUGCUAUACCCGGAAGCUUGCGAGCACAGUGCUCCUACAAAGGUCUGGGUUAAAAGCGCUGGAAAGAAGAAAAUAGGUUUUGUGGGUUUGCGUGGGAAGGUGGGUGAUGAUGGGACUGCCGGUGGAGAGGGCAGGGCCAGGGCGGGAGAAGCGGGAGGGGUGCAGAGGAAGGUAACUGGACUCCAAUUUGGUGAGGUCGAGCCGGAUGGUGCGCAGACGCCAGUUGGGAUGGUGUUUCAAAGGGGGCACUUCGGAAAGACGGGGUGAUGGAGCUCGACCGACCGAGGAAUUGACCGACUGGCCGGCUGGCUGGGCCCUAUUUUCUUAUCAUUAUUCCCCUUCUGGACGGCCCAUAUAUCCACAUAUCUAUAUAGUUUUUAUUCAUCCCACUCCUUACGUUCCAUAGAAAUCCGUGUAUGAAAUUUC